ACUGUUUACCACGGUACACACUGGCUGGCAACUUGCUUGGGGCAGCGUGUUUUGCGAACGCAUUACAACAAGGUACUGGUAGCGGUGGCGGUGGCGGUAGCGGUAGCGGUAGCGGGGUAGCGAAAGCGGCGGCGGUAACGCUAACGCUAACGGUAACGGUAACGGUAGCAAUAACGGCGGCGGCAUGCCUCCGAGGAGGACGCGGCAAGCAGAUCCCAGCGGGGAGGCUCGAAUCCCGGUGGAUGUUCUAGACGCAGCGUUGCUGGCGGUGAUAUGGGCGCACGUGUGGUGGGCGCCUUUCACCAAGGUGGAAGAGAGCUUCAACGUCCAGGCCAUGCACGAUCUGCUCUUCCACAGAUUCCACCUGUCCCAGUAUGAUCACAUGGAGUUUCCGGGAGUUGUGCCUCGAACAUUUCUCGGUGCCAUACUAGUGGCUGUGCUGUCAUCCCCGCUAGUGGCUCUCACUCACCUUCUCGGAGCGUCUAAGAUCGUAGCUCUCGUUAUUGUGCGGGGCAUGCUUGGCUUCCUCGUCUUCCUCUCUUUUUACAUGCUUCGACGACAGGUGGCCACCACCUUUGGCGCCCCCACGGCGAGGUACUUGGCGCUACUGCUGCUCUCGCAGUUCCAUCUGCCCUUCUACGCCUCUCGCCCCCUCCCCAACGUCUUCGCUCUUGCCCUUGCGAACCUGGCUUUCACCUUUUGGCUGAAGGGAAAGGCUGCACGCACCCUGCAGACACUUGUCUUUGCCUUUGUCGUCUUUCGGUGCGAUGUGCUCGUGCUCCUUGCUCCCAUCGGCCUCUCACUCCUGCUCACUCGCUCCAUCCCGUUCCUCUCCGCUGUCCUGACAUGUGUCCUAACCGGCAUAGCUAGCCUAGGCCUGACAGUGGCAGUGGACUCUCUCCUGUGGCGCCGGUUCCCUUUGUGGCCCGAGGGCACAGUGCUCUUCUUCAACACGGCUCUUAACAAGAGCUCCGACUGGGGGGUGUCCAGCCCCCACUGGUACUUCACGUCUGCCCUUCCCCGCGCCCUCCUCCUCGCCUACCCUCUCUCCUUUCUGGGCCCCCUUCUCGAUCGUCGCAUGCUGCCUUUCUUCCUGCCAGCAGCCGCAUUCGUCGGCCUCUAUUCGUACCUUCCACACAAGGAGCUCCGCUUUCUCUUCCCGGGCCUGCCUCUCUUCCUCCUCUCUGCUGCCCGUGCGCUAGCAAGACUCCAGGUGCUGUUUCUAGCCACAAGUGGCAGAAGCAGCAGGGCCAUCGGCACAGUGGCACGUCCUCUCACUCCUCUUGCUCUGGCUGCCAGCUUUCUCCUCUCGUCUCUCUUUGCUCUCGCAUCGUACCGCAACUAUCCUGGUGGCACAGCAGCCAUUCUGCUUCAAGAGAAAGUGGGCCAUGCGCCAGGUUCAGUGCAUGUGGACGUUCUUCCAGCCAUGACCGGAUUUUCCCGAUUCACCCAGCUGCCAGCACCCUGGAGCUAUUCCAAGCAGGAGGGCCUCACACUCUCACAGCUUUCCGGGUUCAACUUUUCAUACCUUCUCAGCGCCCAUCCCUCUGUCCCGUCUUACGACCCCAUAGCCAACGCUAGUGGAUUUGUGCGCACGAGCUUCCGCACUCUCCACAUGCCUCCUCUUCGCAUGCCCUAUCCAGUCCUUGAAACGAAACCCCAAGUCUUUAUUCACAGAAAAGGAGUUGCCAAUAAGGAGAGCAAGCAGGAUGUAGCACCAAGGGGUGAGACUUCUUCUGCUGGCUAUGCUUCCGGUGUGGAUUCGGGGGAGGGAGAGAGCGGGAGAGGAGGGAGAGGGGAGGGGGAAGUGAGGGGCCAGGAUGCGGAGCAAGAGGUGGCGAGGGGGGAAAGAGGGGUGGCAGGGGAUGAGCUGUGACUUGAAGGCUUUAGCAUAGCUGGCGUCUUGAGAACCUGGCUUCUUUUUACGUCCUUGCAUGGCUGGAAACGAAAUGACUCAGUGCUACAACAUACCUUCUGGCUAGUACGGUAACUGGUCUGGUCCGGACAGGCCCAGUCUGGUGUGCUUUUUUUUUGUGCAGUUAGUGUGGCGACGACACCAUCACUGCACUUCACAUGGUUUCUAUGC